AUUUCUUACAUCUCUCUUCUGUUUUUGUAAAUGGCCUCACAAGAAGCUGUGGUUGCUGCCAUGGCGACACCUUUCAAGUACUCCAAUAGGGUGGUGCUGAGAACCAUUCUUGGGCGGGGUGAUGGCGGCCUUGGGCUGUUGGGUAUGAGAGUUGUGGUUGGUGGGUGGGUGAGGUCAGCCAAGGAGGUGAAGAAGGAGCCUGCAGUGGUGGUGAAGCCUGAUGUGGGCAGCUCGCCGUCGCUGCCGAGGGACGUGAGCUGUGUGGAGGUUCUUCAGACUAGGAUACCGUUUUUAAGAUCUAUCAUAAAGGUCUUGGGUGGUGGCCACAGCUAUCCUCCUCCUAGGGAGACGACGGAUAUUGUGAUUCCUAAGCUUCCUUCAACUGUGUUUUUGCAAGUCAGUGACGGCUCCUGUGUUGCUAGUCUUAAGGUUGUGGUGGAAUCUACAAUAGCUUCUCCAGGCCAAAUCAUGCCUACUGGAACUUGUAUUUUGGCAGAGGGUGUAUUGAAGCUGCCAGCAGUAGAAGGAAAACACGCUAUUGAGCUUCAAGCAGAGAAGAUUCUGCAUAUCGGCACAGUUGAUCAAGAAAAGUAUCCAUUAUCAAAGAAGCGCUUACCUAUUGAUUCACUGAGGGAUUUUUCUCACUUCAAGCCACGAACAACGACCGUGGCAUCUGUUAUGAGAAUGCGUGAUGCCCUUACUCAUGCAACUCACAACUUCUUCCGAAACAAUGAAUUCCUGUAUGUGCAAGUGCCCAUUAUCACAACCACUGAUGCUGAAGGAUUCAGCGAGAGGUUCAUUGUUACGACACUUUUAGGUAAAUCAGCUGAAAAGGUGGAGCCAAAGUCUGUCCAUGAAAUUGAGGGCGUUAGCCUUGAAGCGCUUAAGGCUGCUAUCAAGGAGAAGAGUAACCUAGUUGAAGAGCUCAAGAGAAGCGACAGCAACAAAGAAGCACUGGUUGCUGCACUUUGGGAUCUUCGAAAAACAAAUGAACUAGCACAGCAGUUGGAAUCAAGAGAAAAACUUCACCCAGGAGCUUCUCUGAACAAAGCCGAUGAGAUCGACUUCUCCAAAGAUUUCUUUUCUCGCGAAACAUAUCUAACAGUUUCUGGCCGCCUUCAUCUCCAGAGCUAUGCUUGUUCUCUUGGGAAUGUGUACUCGUUUGGCCCUAGAUUCCGAGCAGAAUCCAUGAAACAUGUGGCUGAAAUGUGGAUGGUAGAGCUUGAAAUGGCCUUUUCACAGUUAGAGGAUGCCAUGACCUGUGCAGAGGACUUCUUGAAGUUCCUCUGCAAGUCAGUUUUGGAAAAUUGUGUGGGAGAGAUCAAUUUUUUCUCAAAGAGAUUUGACAAGAACAAUGUGGACCGUCUUCAAUCAAUCAUAUCAAGCUCAUUUGAAAGGAUAUCAUAUACACAAGCAGUAGAUGCUCUGAAACAGGUUACCGAUAAUGAAUUUGAGACAAAGGUCGAGUGGGGCAUCUCUCUAACGGAAGAACAUGAAACCUAUCUAGUUGGGGAGAUCUAUAAGAGGCCUGUGAUUAUAUACAACUACCCGAAAAAGAUUAAGCCAUUUUACAUGCGAGUGAACGACGAUGGGAAAACAGUUGCAGCAUUUGAUGUGGUUGUACCAAAGGCUGGCACGCUGAUCAGAGGUAGCCAAAAUGAGGAGAGAAUGAGUAUGCUGAGUACAAGGAUCAAGGAAUUGGGCAUACGGAGCGAAGAGUAUGAAUGGUACAUGGAUCUUCGAAGACAUGGAACCGUGAAAAAUUCGGGCUUCAGUGUUGCAUUUGAACAUGUGGUGCUUUUCGCCACUGGCCUUGUGGAUGUUGCAGAUGUAAUCCCUUUCCCAAGAAGUUACGGCAAAGCCAACAACUAAUCAAAGUUCCAG